AUGGCUGGAACAGGAAAGUCGACGAUAUCCCGGGCGAACUUAUUGAAUGUUCAUGGCUCAACUGUGGCGAGCUUCUUCUUUAGGAGAGGCGAACAGGAUCGAGGAAAUGCAAGGCUUCUCUUUACGACAAUCAGCAAGCAGCUUGCCGUUGGAAACCCCGAACUGAUUUCGGACAUACGAGCGGCAGUCUCCAGCGAUCCUGAUAUUGCGGUGAAAUCACUGAAAGAACAGUGGGAGAAGCUGCUUUUGGGGCCGUUGAUGAAUCUUGUCCAAACUACGCCGCGAAGCUCAGUGGUCCUGAUCACUGACGCACUGGACGAGUGUGAGAUUGAUAAUGAUAUACGGGACAUACUGCGAAUUUUACCACAAGCAAAGAAACUCCCUAUGAGCUUGAGAAUCUUGUUAACAAGUCGACCCGAGUUGCCGGUCCGCUUAGGCUUUGCGAGGCUUGCACAUGAUGAAUACAGAGAUUUAGCCCUUUACAAUGUUCCAGAGGAUACGACAGCACAUGACAUAGCUCUAUUCAUUAAGGAUCGGUUCACGCGGAUAAAGGAGGUCAGAGACGUCCCCUAUGACUGGCCUACAGACGAGGAAUUUGAGCAGUUGCUUUCAGUGUCAGUCCCGUUGUUCAUCUCUGCUGCCACCAUGUGUCGAUUUAUUGAAAGUAAGUUGGAUCCAGUGGAGUCCCUCACCAGUCUGCUCGAAGACCAGGUCCGAUUGAGGUACGCCACAAAAAUGGACCAGACAUAUCUACCAAUCCUCAGGCGACUGCUUCAUAGCCAAGAUGAUGAUGAUGGUGCCGAUCAACUUUUGGAAAACUUUCGACAGAUAAUAGGGGUCAUGAUCUUUCUUGCUAUUCCUCUUUCAGUCAACACGCUGUCAAAAAAUUUGUUGGGGUUCCAAGUAGAGUUGUCGUUAAUAUACUAA